CCGGCGGCUGGAGACGAUGGUGGACCACUUGGCCAACACGGAGAUCAACAGCCAGCGCAUCGCGGCCGUGGAGAGCUGCUUCGGGGCCUCAGGGCAGCCGCUGGCGCUGCCGGGCCGAGUGCUGCUGGGCGAGGGCGUGCUGACCAAGGAGUGCCGCAAGAAGGCCAAGCCGCGCAUCUUCUUCCUCUUCAACGACAUCCUGGUGUAUGGCAGCAUCGUGCUCAAUAAGCGCAAGUACCGCAGCCAGCACAUCAUUCCCCUGGAGGAGGUCACGCUGGAGCUGCUGCCGGAGACGCUGCAGGCCAAGAACCGCUGGAUGAUCAAGACGGCCAAGAAGUCCUUCGUGGUGUCGGCCGCCUCCGCCACGGAGCGCCAGGAGUGGAUCAGCCACAUCGAGGAGUGUGUGCGGCGGCAACUGCGGGCCACUGGCCGCCCGCCCAGCACGGAGCACGCGGCGCCCUGGAUCCCCGACAAGGCCACGGACAUCUGCAUGCGCUGCACGCAGACGCGCUUCUCCGCCCUCACGAGGCGCCACCACUGCCGCAAGUGCGGCUUCGUGGUCUGCGCUGAGUGCUCGCGCCAGCGCUUCCUGCUCCCGCGCCUGUCCCCCAAGCCUGUGCGCGUCUGCAGCCUCUGCUACCGCGAGCUGGCUGCCCAGCAGCGGCAGGAGGAGGCGGAGGAGCAGGGCGCGGGGUCCCCAGGGCAGCCGGCCCACCUGACGCGGCCCAUCUGCGGAGCGUCCAGUGGAGAUGAUGAUGACUCCGACGAGGACAAGGAGGGCAGCAGGGACGGCGAUUGGCCCAGCCGCGUGGAGUUCUACGGCUCGGGCGUGGCCUGGUCUGCCUUCCACAGCUGACCCCCGGCCUGCAGAACAUCUGUCCCCAAGCCAGCUCCACUGCCCACGCCCCCAAGAGAGCAGCUCCAGAAGCUGCCUAGGGCUCCGGGAGCCCACCCCAUGGUGGCAGGGGCAACGGUGGGGAGUGGCUCUUUCUGGACUCCCAGUGCCUUUUUGCUGGACACUGUGUCCUUCUGACUUCACUGCAGGUAAUGCCUUUCCCUUCAGGAAGCCCCAGAACACCCAGACCUCUUGGGAACCAACGCCAACUCCCGCUCUGCAGGCUGCUGCGGCAGCUCCAGAAGGCCUCCUGAGCUGGACGACCCCAGGUCUCCAGACACCUAGGGACCAGAGCGGGUUUUGGAACAUAGACGGAAGACAGCGGGAAUGUAGCCACAAGCCACAGAACCCACCCUCACCCCGACAAGCACACCCCACUGAAGAGCCUGAAUCCCAGGAGGCCUCCUGGAAGCUCAGGCCUGCCCACCCACCACGCUGGUGCCCACUGCCUGGCCGGCAAAGCCCUGCCAAUCAGACAUACGGGCUCCCUGAAGCCCAGCCAGAGAUUGCCAUGCUGUGGAUGCCACCAGACCCAGAGACUGCAGCCGCGAUGCCCAGGGCAGCCGGGUGAGGACUCUGUCCUGUGUCACCUCUCUCCAGGUGUCCAGCUGUCUCGUGCCUUUUUGUCCUGUCCUCGGCUCUCCCUGCGGUCAGUGAAACCAGUGUUUUCUGUUAGGACUCAGUUGCAAGAACAGAAACCCUGCCCACACUUAAUAAUAAAAAAGGAAGUUUAUUGAUGGGUGAUUGCAAA